GUAUCACCAGAAAAUUACCUAGGUCCUCUUGCAGUCGCUUGCGAUUAUUGUGGUGCAUUGUUUUUCGAAAACGAAGCUAAACCGAUGAAUGGUCGAUUCAACUUAUGCUGUAACUUCGGCAAUGUCAAUUUGGACCUUUUCACGAACUUUCCGGACUUCAUUCGGACACUUCUCACUGGAAACAGUAACGCUAGCAAGAACUUCCGCCAGCACAUCCGCUCAUACAACAGUGCAUUAGCCAUGGCCUCGAUGGGCGCGAAAGUGGAUACACCUCGCGGCGGUGGGCCUUAUUGUUACCGUAUCCAUGGUCAAGUGUACCAUUUUGUUGGGCCCUUGGACCCAGAACCUGGCACUCGCCGGCAAUACGGGCAGUUGUAUAUACUGGACACGGAUGAUGCUACUGCUGAAAGGCUUGGAAACCCUGCCAAUGAAGGUUGCGAUCCCCUAACUAUGCGUGAAUUGACUGCUUGGUUCCAUACUCACAACGAGUAUGCUGCUUCGUUCAAAAUGAUGGGCGAUAUCGUUGCGGAAGAAGAAAGAAAAGCGCAGUUGGAACAAAGGGCAGCGCCUAAAAUUAGGAUGAUUUUCGACAGCGGACGCGGUUUUGACCGCCGACGUUACAAUGUUCCCGUGACGAACGAAGUGGCAGUUGUGUUUGUAGGUGAGGACAACGACGUGCCAGCCACGCGUUCAUUGGCAGUUCAUCAUAAAGAAAAAGGGUUAAAUCCGAUCCAGGAUAUAGAUGGUCGCUGCGAUCCUUUGACAUACCCACUGUUUUACCCUAGAGGAGGGCUAGGUUGGCAUGUGGAUCUCACUAAAAAUGCAAGCGAACGAAUUCGGACAAGAAUUACCCAGAGGGAAUUUUACUCGUAUCUUCUUUCUGUUCGCACAACAUUCAAUCCAUUGCACUACGCCAGCAAACUCCUUCAGCAGUUUGCUGUAGAUGCUUAUGUGAAAAUCGAACAAAACAGACUUAAUUACACGAGAACACAUCAGAAGGAACUCCGUAUUGAUAGCUACCAAGGGCUGAUGGACCACCUGGCCAGUGAUGACGCACACGAACCUGCAGGCCAGCGUGUCAUCUUACCGGCAACAUUCCAAGGUGGACCACGGGCAAUGCAUCAAUCGUAUCAAGAUGCCAUGGCCAUUGUUGCCAGGUACGGAAAGCCUGACUACUUCUUGACGUUCACGUGCAAUCCGAAAUGGAGAGAGAUCAAAGAAAAUCUCUACGAUGGGCAAACCGCAUCUGAUCGCCCAGAUAUCGUUGCAAGAGUGUUCCACAGAAAAUUAGAAGUCUUAAAGGAGAAUCUCUUUGAGAAGAAUAUUCUGGGCCGCGUAGCUGCAUACGUUGGAGUAGUAGAAUGGCAAAAACGAGGUUUACCUCAUUGCCAUAUGCUCCUGAUUAUGACAGCUAAUUCAAAACCGCGGAAUUCUGAUCAAAUCGAUGCAGUUGUCCAGGCUUGCUUACCUGACAAAGCUACCAAUCCACGACUGUUUGACAUUGUCGUUAGCAACAUGGUGCAUAGGAACUGUGGAGCAACAUCUCCAACGGCUCCCUGUAUGAUCAAUGGACGCUGUUCUAAAAACUUUCCUAAAGAGUUUCGGGAAGAAACCGCCAUCAGUGCCGACGGUUAUCCAAAAUACAAACGACCGAACAACGGACGUUCUGUACAAAUAGGAAACGAAGUUUUCGACAACAGGCAUAUUGUUCCUUACAACCGCUUCCUCUUGAUGCUGUUGAACGCCCAUAUCAAUCUAGAGAUCUGUGGGUAUGUUCAAGCUGUGAAGUACCUGUAUAAGUAUGUCUAUAAAGGACCCGACAGAGCAUCCUUACGCCUUCUGCAGAACAAGAACGAUGAUCACACUGAUGAAAUUCGAGCACAUCUCGAUGCCCGCUACGUGUGCUCUCCGGAAGCAUUACACCACAUAUUUAUGUACGAGUGUCAGUUCAAGUCCGACACUGUGUGCAGACUACAGGUACACCUCCCAAACUUCCAAACCGUCACAUUUCCAAGCGGAGGAGAAAGAGAAGCUGUGGAAAGGGGAUCCACCAAAGAUACUACUCUUACGGCUUGGUUUAAGUUCAACGCUGAAUACGAACAACUGGAAUCAGAAAGCUCCAUUCUUCCAGGAAUGGUUGAUCCACGAACCCUGUAUUAUCAUCAGCUUCCUGAGCAUUUCACUUAUGUGAAGCAAACUGGGAAGUGGAAGCAAAGAGGAAGAGGUAACCGACAAAUAGGUCGCAUGUAUAUGGCUUCACCUAAGCACAUGGAAAGGUUUAGCUUACGGGUCCUCUUACUUCAUCGAAAGAAUAUGCGGUCCUUUGAGGACUUGAGGACCGUAGAUGAUCAACAGUAUCCCACGUUUUCGGCAGCUGCACGCGCUCUUGGCCUGCUCCACGAUGAUGCCCACUAUGAGCAUUGCCUAGAAGAAGCCGCGUGUUUCCAAAUGCCGGCUGAGUUGAGAGCGUUGUUCUGUUACUUGCUAGCGUUUUGCGAGGUCAAUGAUCCUUCUCAUCUUUUUGAACUUUUCAAAUCAGACAUGUUCGAAGAUUUUGUACACAGAGGUGCCACGGAAGAAGAUGCAAUAGCAAUGGCUUACUACGAAAUGUCCGAUAUGUUGGAAACGCUGCAAUGGACCGAGAUGUUUGAAUUGCUCAACCACGAACAACGUCUUGCAGCCAACGGUAUUCUGACAUCGUUCGAUGUCGGUACUUGCAAGUUACAUUUUGUUGAUGGCCCGGGCGGCAGUGGAAAGACUUUCCUUUAUAGUACCAUCUAUCAUAUUCUGAAAGGACAGCGCAGAUCCAUUGUUUGUGUUGCAUGGACUGGAAUUGCCGCCAGUUUAUUACCUGAAGGACGAACUGCCAGCUCUAUGUUCAAGCUCAAUAUGCAAUCUGGAAACCGCGAUUGUAUGCUUCGACGAGAGUGUAAAGAUGCUCUGCCUUUAAAGAACGCGGAUGUGAUUAUAUGGGAUGAGAUCAGCAUGGUGCCUAAACAUUCCUUGGAAGCAGUCGACUUACUACUCAAGGAUUUGAUGUGCAACACGUUGCCUUUUGGUGGAAAAAUUAUAGUUCUUGGAGGCGAUUUUCGGCAAGUUUUGCCCAUAGCGGAACAUGGGACUGAGUCGAGUAUGAUCGAUAUGUGCGUAAAAAAUAGUCACAUCUGGGCUGAGUUCCGUAAGCAUACGCUGUCUGUCAAUAUGAGAACAGGAGAGUCCGAUAUGUCAUGGUGCAACUUCCUUAUCAAAGUAGGAGACGGAGAAGCGGAAGAAGAUGACGAAGGUUGUAUAGAAAUCCCCCAAGACAUUACCUCUAACGGCGACCUUAUCGAGGAAGUUUUCGGAAAUCAAAUUUCUAACACCGACAUACUCACGGAUCGUGCCAUAUUAGCACCAAGGAACAUCGACGUUUAUCGCAUAAACGAAGAGGCUCUUUGCAGGUUACCAGGCGAAAUAAAGGAAUAUAAAAGUAUAGAUGAGGUUACCAGUGAUGAAUAUUGCGAGUAUAGUACGGAGUUUCUAAACAGUUUGUCACCUGCAGGACUCCCUCCUCAUAAUCUUCGACUGAAGAAAGGCGCAAUUGUGAUAUUGCUUAGAAACUUGAAUGUCAAGAAAGGACUAUGUAACGGAACCCGCCUGAUAGUGACUCAUUUCGGGCAACACGUUAUUGGCUGCGUUUUUGCUUCUGGAGAGCGGAAAGGUCAAUUUGUGCUCAUACCUAAGAUCGACAACCUCACCGACAAAGGCGUUCCCGUACGAGUUAGAAGGCGGCAAUUUCCUGUACGCUUGGCGUUUGCUAUGACCAUCAAUAAAGCUCAGGGCCAAAGUCUAACGAGUGUUGGAAUACACCUAGGAACUGACAUCUUUUCUCAUGGACAGCUUUAUGUCGCUUUAUCACGCUCGCGUACGAAAGAAGGCGUGAAAGUUCUUAAAAACGGGACACGAGUGAGGAACAUCGUAAUAAAAGAAGUGCUCUAA